AGUGGAAAGAUUUAUUUUGAAUGAAGAUUUAUGCAUGGCAAGAAUAAUUUAUGACUGCUGAAGUCGGUCAUAGCUUAAGCUUGUUAGAGAAAUUGGAGCCAGAGGAGCUUAAACAUACAUCAAAAAUGGCUGACUUAAGAGACACACCAGAAGCUUUGGGGUUGCCAGCAGAGGUGAGCCAGAGCCAGAGCAAGGGCCCUAAGAUUGGGCGAAUAAUGGACUCUGUGAAGAAAGCCCUGUAUAUCAUGGGUUCAUGCCUUCUUCUAUUUGCUGCUGCUCGAAAUUCAUUUCAUUGGCAAAUCCAUCGUCUGUGGGGUGCCACGGGAAGUUUCUGGCAGAGCUGCUGGGACUACAUGUACACACACUGGGGACAGGAGAAUGACUUUUGGUUCUGCUGUAUUGGAACAUUUGUAGUGACACAAGGAGUGUUUUGGCUUGGCAACAGUUUCUUUAUGCUGUUGGAUGUCUAUGGCGUGCCAGCAUGUCUACUCAAGUACAAAAUACAGGAGGAUGUUAAAGUGGAAAUGCCGAAACUGUGGAAGGCAGUCAGACAGGUAGUGUUCAACAUGCUCGUUGUGGGAGUGCCGUUUAUUUUUGUGGCAUCCUACCUCUUCCAGUUACGAGGAGGGUCGUCAACAAUAGGCGGGGAGCUACCAACGUUCACCUGGGUCAUGCUGGAGAUUCUUAUAUUCUCCUUUGUGGAAGAGUUCUGCUUCUAUUACUCACAUAGGCUGCUUCACCACCCUCGACUGUACAAGCACAUCCACAAGCUCCACCAUGAGUGGACGGCCCCCAUAGGUAUUGUUGCCGUGUAUGCCCACCCAGUAGAGCAUGUGAUCAGCAACAUCCUCCCGCCAACCCUCGGACCCCUCAUCAUGGGCUCACAUCUUGCAACUGCAUGGCUGUGGUUCAUCCUGGCGUUCCUGUCGACGACGAUCUCCCACUGUGGCUACCACCUUCCUCUCCUGCCUUCACCCGAGGCUCACGAUUACCACCACCUCAAAUUCAACCAAAAUUUUGGAGUGCUUGGGGUGCUGGACCGUCUUCAUGGGACAGACAUCCAGUUCCAUGCCAGUAAACAGUACCAGCGCCAUGUCAUGUUGCUAAACACGGUUCCCCUGAAUUCCCAGUACCCAGCAGAACCCAAGAAAAAACCCGAGUAAGCUGGGAACCUACAACAGCAUUAAGGGUAGAUUGGUUCCCCUUAAGAACCAGCAAGUGCUAUGAUUAUACCAGUUAAUUGGGGACCAGUGGUGCAUUUGUCUGUAUUAUUGAUGAAAUGGUUUGACAAUUAAACAGAGCUAUUUUGCAAGGUACAUGUACCUGUAUAUUAUAUCAUUUAGUAUAAAUAGUUGUUUUCUCGGUGGACAUAAAGCUAUGUUUAUGGUCUCAGUAAAAUUGACAUAUUUUUGCUCUAUUAAUCAGCAGCGAAAUGUUUGAAAGAUAUAAAAAAAAGAUAUGUUGUGAUUGUAGUUUCUGGAUAUUGUAGAAGCUGCUGUUGACAGAAGUCAAUAUAUGUCUCAUUUAACUUUAUGAACACACAAGUCUGCUUAAUAGAGAGUUUAUUGUAACUUGUACCGGUCUCCAAGUCUGCAUACAAUAACUGCAUAUUCAUUUGUUAUCAUCACAGAAAGAAUUUACAUAUUUUUAUAUUGACUGUCCAUUCAGAAACAAUAUUUAAGGCAAGUUUUACUUCAGUAGGCAUUGGAAUAAACCAUGUAACCAUUUUUUUAAAUUAUAUAAAAGAUGUACAUGCAGAGAUUUUACUUUUGAUUUUUAAUUACUGAGCCACGAGGAAAUGCUAAAACAGUUUCAAAAAGACUUAAUGGCUAUAUGUGUAUUGAGCAAUGGUAUACAUGUAUGUUUUGUUAAUGUGAUCAUGACUAUUGUAUUUACUAGAUGCUUAUAUUAGCUAUGCUAUGAUAGUGAUCUUGAAGGCCAUGACUUUAUGUUGUUUUACUUGCUGUUAGGAUCUUUUAUUUUCUUGAUAUAAGAAGUUGUUCUAUUUAGUACACACAUCCUUAACUAAAAUAGUCUUAUUGAAUACUUUAUUAAGUAUGUUUAUGUUUCAUUAAUUACAUUUUGUUUGACUAUCUCUGUAUGUCUUGAUUUCUUGAUCUCAUUUUGCUGAUUGGUUUAGGCAUGCUUUAGUUUAGAAUCAAUUACAAUUAUAUUUAAGUGUCUGAAAAUGUGUAGAAAAUCCUUGCUGUGUCAAAUAAAUGUUCAAGUGAAUCUCCUUUCUCUGCAAUUAUCAUUUCUAUGUGUGUAGAUGAUUAAAACAUUUAUUGUUGUAUAUGGAAUGUCGUCAAGUAUUUCAUGUGAUUCGCCAAAAAAGCUUGAAUUUUAAACAGAAAACAUAUAUUUUCACCAUAUAUAAUCUAGAUUUGAUAUGUUGUUGUUCACUGUUGCACUGUUAAUUCUACACUGUUCUCCACAUAUAUGUCUUAGAAUACACUUAAUCACAUUUAUAGCAAAUAGAUUUUUCAGAAGCAACAGUUGACAGAAAUUUCAUUCCAUUGAAGAAAGAUAUCUCCUAGUCAAAUUUUACUCAGUGGGCAUUUUUACAUGUAGUUAGCAUUGAUACUUGGAAAAAGGUUGCCUCACCAUCAUUAAUUUAAUCAACAAAAGUAUUCUCCUGCCUUCAUAUUGUGUUAUCUUUUGUUGCAAACUAUGAAUAAAACAUUGAUUGUAAACAUUUGAAAAAAUAAUAUAAUUGAAAAAAUAUUAAAGAAAAUAUGUUGAUAAUUGAAAUGUGUAACAUUUAGAGGUGUACUUGAUGUUGUUGCUGGUCCAUAAUUAAAUAUUUAAAUGAUAUGCCCCAUUGCUUUGGAUCUGUUGCUUAAUUCUUUAAUCUGGUCAUUUUGAGACUGCUUCAGGUAUUGUGAAUUUAGUCUGUGAUAUGAUGUGUUAUUUGUGCUUUGAUUGGAAAUUAAUUAAAAGUUAA